UGUAAUCAGUAAAGUACCAUAAUUAUAGGUCCUUUAUUUGACCUUUAUCCCAAAUCAACGGCUAUGAUCUAAUCAUAACUUCAUAUAUCCCUCGUGAUUUUCAGCUUCCAAUUCCGAUCACAGUGAAUCGGACGAUCGCUAAUUUUUCGUUUCUACUCGAAGAGUACCACAGUUUAAAAUUUCCUCAACUCACUCUGUCACACUCUUAACAGACCUCUUGUCUCUCUUUUCUCUCUUUUUCUGUCUCUGUCUCUUUCUCUCUCUGACUCCAAUUCUCUUUCAUUCUUUUCCUUUAUCGUUUUCUCGCUGUAGAUCUCUCUCUUUCUGUGUAUCUCCGGCGAGAAUCAGAUCCGCCCGAUGUGUGGACUUUGACUUUUCGUUGUGAUCUGAUACGCAGCCUUUGUGAGAGAGAGGAUGGGGCAGUGCUACGGCAAGACUAAUUUAACGGUCGAGAAUGAUGCUUCAACAAAUAAUACUACUACAAUUGUCGCCAGCUCUAACGAUCAGCCACAAACGCCGUUAGCGUCGAGCAGCGCGAGUAACGGCGCCGUAAAGAGCACGCCGGGCCGGCCGUCGAACCUGAGCCAGAGUCCGUGGCCGAGUCCGUACCCGCACGGCGUGUCCGCGAGUCCGCUUCCCGGAGGAGUGUCUCCGUCGCCGGCGAGGGGAUCGGCGACGCCGAGGAGGUUCUUCCGGAGGCCGUUUCCGCCUCCGUCUCCGGCGAAGCACAUAAAGGCGUCGCUGGCGAAGAGGCUCGGGCACGGAGCGAAGCCGAAGGAGGGACCGAUCCCGGAGGAUCGAGGAGCGGAGCCGGAGCAAGCUCUGGAUAAGAGCUUCGGGUACAGUAAGAAUUUCGGGGCGAAGUUUGAGCUUGGGAGAGAGGUAGGGCGAGGGCAUUUCGGUCAUACUUGCUCCGCCAGAGGCAAAAAAGGCGACCUUAAAGAUCGCCCCGUUGCUGUCAAAAUCAUAUCCAAAGCCAAGAUGACUACGGCAAUAUCAAUUGAAGAUGUUCGUAGAGAGGUGAAGAUAUUGAAAGCUUUAUCGGGCCAUCAGCAUCUGGUCAAAUUUCACGAUGCAUGUGAGGAUGCAAAUAACGUGUACAUAGUCAUGGAAUUGUGUGAAGGUGGGGAACUUCUAGACAGAAUUUUAUCAAGGGGAGGAAGGUAUGCAGAGGAAGAUGCAAAAUUCAUAGUUGUGCAAAUUCUAAGUGUAGUUGCAUUUUGUCAUCUUCAAGGCGUUGUGCACCGUGACUUAAAGCCAGAGAAUUUCCUUUUCACUUCUAGAAGUGAAGAUGCUGACAUGAAGCUUAUUGAUUUUGGUCUUUCUGACUUUAUAAGGACGGAUGAAAGACUUAAUGAUAUUGUUGGAAGUGCCUACUAUGUUGCACCCGAAGUCCUACAUAGGUCUUAUAGUCUGGAAGCAGAUAUAUGGAGCAUUGGGGUUAUAACCUACAUCUUAUUAUGUGGAAGCCGGCCUUUUUGGGCACGGACAGAAUCUGGAAUUUUCCGUGCAGUGCUAAGAGCAGACCCAAACUUUGAGGAUUCACCCUGGCCCUCUGUGUCUGCAGAGGCUAAGGACUUUGUGAAAAGGCUCCUGAACAAGGAUUACAGAAAAAGAAUGACUGCAGUUCAAGCUCUCACUCAUCCUUGGUUGCGGAAUGAUAGUCGUCCAAUACCAUUAGAUAUAUUGAUCUAUAAGUUAGUCAAGUCGUACCUUCACGCUACACCUUUCAAACGUGCAGCACUAAAGGCUCUCUCAAAAGCUUUGACAGAGGAUGAGCUGGUGUAUCUCCGAAUUCAAUUCAAGCUCUUAGAACCAAAUAAAGAUGGGCGUGUCUCUCUUGAAAAUUUCAAAACGGCUCUUGUGCGAAAUGCAACAGAUGCCAUGAGAGAGUCUAGAGUUAUUGAUAUUAUAAAUGCAAUGGAAUCACUUGGUUAUAGAAAGAUGGACUUCGAAGAGUUUUGCGCUGCUGCAAUCAGUACACAUCAAUUGGAGGCCCUUGAUGGGUGGGAACAGAUUGCCUCCACUGCUUUUGAGCAUUUUGAACAGGAGGGUAAUCGCGUCAUAUCGGUGGAAGAAUUGGCAAGGGAAUUGAAUCUUGGCCCGACAGCUUAUUCUAUACUCAAAGAUUGGAUUCGAAACUCAGAUGGAAAACUAAGUUUACUUGGAUAUACAAAAUUUUUGCAUGGUGUAACACUGCGUAGUUCAAACACAAGACACCAUUAAUUUUUUAGCUUUUGAGAUAUAGUUUAAAUUCAUGGGAUUUAGAGGGUUUGCAGGAUUUUUUUUUUUUUCUUCCUUUGGGAAUGGGGUAAAGAAAAUGUGUAUAAGUGAAUAUUAGUUGAGCCAGCUCUGGGAUUGCAGUCGUAUUUAUAUUGAAGUAUUUCUGCUUGCUCAUA